AUGCAAGUUCCAGACCACCGUGUAAGGGAAGCCAUAAACCCGCGCACAGGAAGACGCGAGCGAGUCUUCGUCAACCUUGAAGCAGUGUAUCCUGACUAUAUGAAUUCGAACAAUGAGAUGAGCUUCGAGGAGCUUAGAGCAUUAAGUAGAGGCUGGAUGCAGAAGGACUGGCGUUCAACGAAAGUACCGCUGAAACAAGUGUCUGGCAAUAUCCCAUCUGCAGUCUCACAGCCAACUAAGGGAAUUGAAAACAGUCAUGUGAAAGAACUGCCAGUGCCAGUUAAUCCGAAAUCGGUUUCUGACGAAGGCUGUGAGGGCAAAUCUGGAAGGCCACGCAAAAUGAAAGUGCUUGAAGUCAGGGGCGAGACACAGACAAUUAAAAUGAAUUUCGAUUCUCCAACAAAGCCCAAAAUACGACGGAAAAGUACGUCUGAGCCGACAAUGACCUUUCAUACGCGAGCAGCCACGGAUGAGAUAUAUAGCAUUUUCAACCAGCCUCUGAAGGCGGAAACUGAAGAUGCUGUAGAUAGCCUAUGUGGCAGCGACUACGAGGACGAUGACUGUACAAGCGUCGGUGAAAGUACAGUAACAGGGCAUGUGUCUGCAACUUCCAGUGACUUCGGAGAUGAGGAGAUGACUACAUUCCACAGACAAAUCAUGGAACAUGAAGAUGAGAGGAGUUAUGAUGACACUACCCGAGCAGAGAGCGUUGCAGGCAGUGAAUGGACUCAAUUCACCAACAGCGACAUCCCACCCGCUGUUUCAGGGGAAUUGACUACUUCCCCCGUCGCGGUGGACAAUUUUUCAAACGAGAAGCCGGAAAGACAAAGAUUCGUACCUGAGAUGCCUGAGGACUAUGAUCCUCCGUCGGGUCCGUAUCGUGACCCGGCCAUUGUCGCUCAGAACCGUUUACCUUUCAUGACUCCCAUUGUUGAACAGACAGAAUAUUCGCUUGCUUCUAUGACAGCGGCGAGAAAUAGCAUUUACAAUGCGAAGACUCCGUCUAAACUAAUGCCCAUUAAUAGCCAGACUCCCCCAGGCGUGCCUCACAUUGAGGAUCUCCUGCUAUCUAGCCCUGUUCUUGGUGGCAUAUCGGAGGAAGAUGAUAAUUUCACUCGCUAUACUGAAGAUAUUUCUCAAAGCCCUACGCUAAAGAAGUCGCGUUCCCCCAGGUCGAUCUUCUCUCCAGAGCACAGGAAACAGGCACAAGCGAUAAUUCAAGAUCUCCAAUGCAAUCCGACAGACCGAAGGAUUCGUGAAACGAUAAUUACGGCCCUUGAUCCGCCUUUAACGUCCUACCGUGGGUACCACGACCAUGCCGAUGAGGCAGGCAGCCAUGCUGGUGAAAUUCAAAGAUUUGUUAAAGCAAUGUCCAAACGUCCGAAGAGCGGAGAAUCGUUUCAGCCACCCAUUCUUGACUUGAAAGGUGCUGAGAGAAGCUAUGCUUUAAGACGCGAGCUUGGGGCUGGCGCAUAUGCCCCGGUCUAUCUUGUGGAGAGCGUCGAUAGCCCUGAUUCUUACUCAUCCUCCGACGAAGAAGAAUCUGAAAAUUCAACUCGAAAUAAUAGAGAUUCCCACCACACGAUUCAUCGACAUGCAUUUGAGGCGAUUAAGAUGGAAAUUGGACCGCCAAACGCCUGGGAAUUUUACAUGAUUCGUGCAGCCCACCAGAGGCUGAAGCAACGCCCAGAACUAAGUCGUGCAGCCGAUAGCAUUAUCCGCGUACAUGAGCUGCAUGUUUUCAAGGGAGAGAGUUUCCUUGUGGAGGAUUACCGAGGACAGGGGACGUUGCUCGACCUCGCGAAUGUCGUUCACAACGGGAAUGCGGAAGGAGGUAUGGAAGAGGCGUUGGCCAUGUUCUUCACCGUGGAGCUAUUCCGGACCAUUGAAGCGCUCCACGCGUGCAGUAUCAUACAUGGUGACAUCAAGGCGGACAACUGUCUAGUGCGAUUUGACGAGAACUCCACUGGGUCUGGAGUACCUUCGCUCGUCGACCUAGAUGACAGUGAAGGUUUCCCGGAUCCCAAUGAGAUACAUUACUCCCCCCGUGGGGCUUGCGGAUGGCGUAAUAAAGGUCUUGCGCUAAUUGAUUUUGGACGGGCCAUCGACAUGCGAGCCUUCAAACCUGCAGUACAAUUCAUAGCAGAUUGGAAAACAAAGGACCACGAGUGCAACGAGAUUCGCGAGAUGCGUCCCUGGACGCAUCAAAUAGACCUAUACGGCCUUGCGGGAACAGUUCAUGUCAUGCUCUUUGGGAAAUAUAUGGAAACAAUGCCAGUGCGUGCGAGCGGCAACAGCCACGACAGUACCAAGAGGACAUACCGGAUUCGGGAGUCAUUCAAACGCUAUUGGGAUCGUGAGCUAUGGAGUGAUGUUUUUGAUUUGCUUUUGAAUCCCGGGUGCGAACGUUGGGUUCAGAUGGAGCGUGAGGGAGAUGCAUCUGUUGACGAAAAUACGGUACCACAGGCUUCGACGGUUCUCCCAGUCCUCAACUCCAUGCGGCAUGUCCGGGAACGAAUGGAGGCAUGGCUGGUUGCCAAUGCGGAGAAGAAGAGCCUUUCGUUGCAAAUCCGGAAAUUAGAGGCUAUUUUCGCCGAAAGGAAAAAGAAACUGGAAAGAUAA